ACUUUCUCUUAUCACGACGUUGAAGAUUAUUCUCAUUUUCGAUUGCAAAACCAAGCCCGCGGCAAUUCCGAUCACCAUCGAUUUCCUGCCGUGCAACUCUGGCGGUUACUUCGCCGUGUACCUCCUCUGAAAUCCUCCAAAGCUCGCGACUCCAUCCCCGUCGAUUGUAGAGAUCGUCAAAUCUCGAUUUCAAACUUUCUCGACUCUGAUCUUGGGACAAUCCAAACGAACGGACCCGAUGUUAUCUCGUCGUCUCGUGAAUCUAUAAAUUUCCGACGAUGAAGGCUUCUCGAGUUUUGGCGGCAGCUGCCGCGAGGGUUGGACAGGCGAUGAGGAAGCAGGUGUUAACCUUGACGGACGAAGCUGCUUCUAGGGUUCAUCAUCUCUUGCAGCAGAGGCAGAAACCUUUCCUCCGAUUAGGCGUAAAAGCCCGUGGCUGUAACGGUUUAUCAUACACUCUUAAUUACGCCGAUGAGAAAGGGAAAUUUGAUGAGCUGGUGGAGGAGAAAGGUGUGAGGAUUCUUGUUGAACCAAAGGCCUUAAUGCAUGUGAUUGGAACCAAGAUGGAUUUUAUAGAUGAUAAACUCAGAUCAGAGUUUGUGUUCAUCAAUCCUAACUCACAAGGGCAAUGCGGGUGUGGUGAAUCGUUCAUGACAACAUCUACCUCCAGUGCUAAGCAGAGUGGUAGUUAGCACACGGGCUCUACACUAUCAUACACUACAUUGUUACUAGACUCGGAGUACGGAUAAGAAAUUUAAGGCUUUGCCAAUAAGAAUUGAGUUUUAUGUUUGUGUGCCACUCUAGGCAUAGAUUGGUCUCUUCAUUGCAUUUACAUUAAAAGCUGUCCAGUCGUUGCUUAGAGAUCUUUAAUGCGAUCAGUUCAUGUAUUCUUUAUAUAUGUAAAUUAAUUUGUGGAUACCUAUAAGGCAUUGGUUAGUUA